CUACAUUGGUUGCAAAUUGUUGCACAUACCAGGAAGUUAGUUGGUGUGAAGAGACUCGGAACAAAUACUUCUAGGUAGCGAACGGAUGGGAAACCCAAACUUUUUCCGUGGAAAAAAAAAUUGAUAGGCCUACAAUCUUUGUGACGUGUAAUCAGGAUAUUAAGGAUGUCUACGAAUGGAUUUGAGGAGUGUCAUUUAUUUGAUCCACAAAUCCUACAUGAUCUGGAGUUUGAGGAUCAGAAAUGUGCCAGCUACAAGCCGGAAAUCAACCUGACAGAUCCUGGGGAGGGGCUAAAAAUAAGGCCCCUGUGUAUCUCAGACUUCGACAAAGGUUACCUGUCUCUCCUCACACACCUUACAAAAGUUGGUGAUAUUUCCCGUGAACAGUUUGAAGAGCGAUUCCAGUUAAUGAAGUCCCAGCCAAACCUGUACUAUACUGUGGUUGUAGAGGACACAUUCACCCACCAAGUAGUUGGAUCUGCCACUCUAGUGAAGGAAAUGCACUUUAUACGUCAGUGUGCUUCUAGAGGCAGAAUAGAAGAUGUGGUUGUGAAUAGUUCAUAUCAAGGAAAACAAUUGGGCAAGCUAUUGGUAGAUGUUUUAACACUACUUAGUAAGAAGGUGGGCUGUUAUAAGGUGUCUCUGGAGUGCCUUGACAAAAUGGUCCCAUUUUAUUCCAAAUUCGGAUACGCCAAGGAAGAAGGACAGAACUACAUGUGUCGGCGAUACAUUCCUAAAUAGGUCAAAGGUCAGGGUGAGGAGGAAACUGACAUGGGACUCUUUUGUAGAAUCUCUUUAAUAAUAUAUUGUCUAGAUCUCUUCUUCAGAUCUGCUAUUAUGUUAUGUAGAUGACUGUGAUAAUGAUUUUAUUUAUUCACUGGGAAAAAAUAUACAGGAGAACUGAUUUAUUUUGUUUCUAUCGUUAGCAUUGUUGCAUAAUAAUCAAGGCCAAAAACUCUCUUUUUUCUGUGUACUGGUAAAUUAUGUACUGUUAUGUUUUACUAUUGCUGGCAAUGGUAAUUGCAAGGUACCAGUGCAUCUACCUACAUGUACAUUAUGUAUCUGUAUUGUGUGAAUGUAAAACAUGAAAUAUUGCAUAAUUCAGUCUCGUUAUUCUCCUCCAGUGACUUCUGUAUGAAAUCCUGUUUUAGUGUAAACAUUACCGGGUAUAUGUAAAUUUAAGACCAAGAUUUGAAAUUAGAUACAUUGUUUUUAGUUUACAGAGGUUUAUGGCAUUUAUUGAUGGCAUAUAUUUAUAGCAUUGCAUGUUGGCUGCUUAAGGUGGGAUUAUUUUUUGUUUUUAUUUUUGUUCAUUUAAUGUGCAAGAUUAUAAUUAUUUUAAAAUGUUUUCAUGUUUUAUCAUCUACAAAUUGUCACAAUUUUUUUCCGUAGUAUGAAAGUGAUGUUAACUGUUGCCAUAACAGUUGUUAUUUAUCUUCUCAUACUUUGCCAUGGAAGUCAUUGUCUUGCAUUAUAUGGUAUAUUAGGCAUCCACCUGCACGUCUCACUUCUGUAAAACCCUCUAACCAUGUUUUUGAGGGCGCAUGAAGUACUUAUAUGACAUUUUAAUUCACGUUGAUGAUGAUGUUGAUAUUUUUGGGAGGCUUGUGAAUUUCAAUACAUGUACAAUGUUGAGUUUAGCAUUUUGGCCAAUCGAAUGUUAUUUUCAGCUCUGUCUGGUACGUGUAUAUAUCUGUUUCUUACUUGUAGACCAAAGCAUUUCUUACAUUUGUACCAUAGAAUUACUGUAAACCAAAUGUUAUUCUCAACAUUUUUUUGGUGAUUUUUUUCAGUUUGAAAUCCCUCUGUGACUAUUAAUUUUCACAUAUAAAUGGUUUGUGGCAAGAACUAUUAAUUUGCAAGUUAAAAAAAAAAAUUCUAGAAAGCAGGGAUUUCUAAUAUGAAUGAAGAAAAGAUGGUUUACAGUAUUAUAUAUUUCUUGGGGGUUUCAAUUUAUGUGGGUAUUUCUUACCCAUAGAUUUAUAACAAUGAAAACUGAAUAUAGGUGACAUUUCUUAUUAAGAGACUUUCACCCACAAAAUUACAUCCCAAAGAACCUAGAGGUAUUGGCAAUCCUCACAAAUAAACCCCUUAUUUCCCCAUUAUCUGGCAGUUGUGUGUUCAGGUUCUUUGACAAUCCUAAGAUUCUCGGAUCGGAGAUUCCUUCCAGAGUAUACUAUGUAGAUAUUUAUAUGUUAUUAUAUACAAUAUUGAUUUUGUUUAAUUACAAUGUACCCCAAAUUUGUGUGAUUUAUCAGGCAUAAACUUAGAUAUAAUUAUUUAUAUAUAUAAUGAUUAUGAAUGGAUGAAUAAUUGUAUAUCUUCACAUGUAUUAUUGUGUAACAUUUAAUAACUUUCUGAUCUAUUCUAAUACACAGUACAUGUAAUACUGUAAACCAACUUUUAUUCGCGACGACUUUAUUUGGCGAUUUACCGGGGAUAAACUUGUUCGCCACGAUUAAUUUUCGCGAUCAAGCCUUUUUUUGAUCUGUUGUUAAUAGAAAGAGAGACUUUAAGGACCGGUUCACGGCGAGAAAUAUUCGCGAUGACGAGGCUCUCGCGAACCUUGCAAAAAUUUCUCGCAGGCGAAUAAAAGUUGGUUUACAGUAUCAUGAAAGAUUUUUAGAUUAAGUGUCAUAGAAAUAUUUUUUAUGUCUAUUGAGAUAGAAUUAAGGGGCAAUAAUACCUUUGGUUGUGUGUGUAUUUUUAUUAUGUGUAUUCAGGUCACAACCUCUGUUCCAAUCAACAAAAUGAAUUUUUUUUUGGUGAGGUCAACACUUUUUUUGCUACAACUUGAUGAUUCACAAAGAGAUUUUGUUGGAUGAACAAUCUGGAUACAUAUCAGUAUUGUUGUUGUUGUGAAUUUAAGAAUAUUUUAAUAUAAACAUUUUAGGUCAGAUCUGCCUGAAGAAAACUAAAGAUUUUUAUCGUCUUCCAUACCUACUUGUAGUUUUUAUUGCAUACAGGGCAUUUAGAAGGCUUAUUGGUGGUGUUAAACAUUUUUGGUUAUCGUAUCUUUCACAGUAAAGAUUUUGAUGUAUUGCUUUUAAAUCAUGGGUACUAAAAUUAGUUUUAGGACAGCAUUAUCAAUUCCAGCAAUCCACUUGUAAUUUGUGUGUGGCCUUUUUCAUGAGACAGUUGCAUUGUGUAUUUAUUAUCAAAAUCACUUUAAAAUGAUACAUAUACAUGUACUUUAUUAAAAUAUAUUGAGAUUUCUUUGUGCCAUACAUAUGGUUAUGGGCAAGUAGUUCAUUUUUUUCUUUUUUGUAAAUCAAUAAUAUCCUUAUAUAUAUAAUUAUAUAUAAAGAAACCUCUAAAUACUUGCUUUUCCUGAAAUUUUAUUUGAUUGGCAAAUCGAAGAUAGGAGAAAUAAAGUAGUGUUUUUUUAAUCACCAGAAUCACAAAUAUUCCACAAAUGCAAAACAAAAUACAUACUUGGAGAUUAAUGCAUGUGAAGUAUUAUGAUGUGAACAUUUUUCUGACAAGGCAAAGGAAUUUAAGUAUACAAGUACAUGUAUAUACUUUAGAAUAGAUUCUGCUCUUCUUUCAUUUGCUCAAAAGAAUAAAAAAUCUAAAGAGUAUUUGGUGGUUAUACAAGCACAUAGAAGGGGAAAUAAAUCCAGCAUU